AACGAGCCUCUCCAAUUCAUCGCAUCUCAUCAUCCUUCCAUACAUAUACACAAGUUUCAGUAAUUGAAAAACAACUAUUCUCACCCCAAGUUACUUAAAUUGCCUCACUAACAAAGCUACAUUCCACUCCAUCCCGUGUCCAUUUUGGAGGUUCACCAUAAUGUAUUUACCUUAUGUGUUUAUCCUGCCAUAGUCUACCCGGAAGGUAAGUGAUAUCCUGCUAUAUGAAGCAUUUCAAUAUUAUAUAUGAAAGAUAGAAGAGUCUCAACCUUCUCGAGUAAGUGCUCUUCCGGAUUUUGGCAGCCAUCCUCUUUCCAGCUAGUGUAGUUUUGUUUUUAUGGCGCAAUUGGCCAUGUUGAUUAAUUAUCUCGGGCCGGCGCGGGGAACGUUUAUCUUCACAUCUACCCCGGACUCAUACCUUAUUGUCCAAGAUAAGGCUCAACUCACACUUCCCCACAUCAUACUCAUGUUCCACAAAUUCUCAAUGAUUCUGUAAAGACAUUUCCCCAAUAAAUAUCCCCAAUCUCACAAUGCCAUCACCCUCCCUCACUGCUAGCCUCCUUCCCACUCUCCUCGCCGCCCUUCAAGCCUCCCUCUCUGUCCUCCUCGUCCUCCUCUUCGGCUCUCUCUCUGCACAUCUUUCUCUGCUGUCCUCCCAAACAGGAAAAGCUCUCUCCAAGCUCUGCGUCAAGAUAUUCCUGCCCGCACUCCUGCUCACCAAGAUCGGGUCUGAGUUGCAUUCCGGGUCAGCGCACCGCUAUGUAUUGAUUCUGAUCUGGGCGUUUGUGUGUCAUUUUUUGAGCUUCUUGAUCGGGGUAGCAGCGCAUUGGGGUGGGGGAAUGCAGGAUUGGGUGACGGCUGCAGUGAUGUUUAACAAUACGACGAGUUAUCCGUUGUUGUUGAUUCAGAGUUUGGAUGAGACGGGGAUAUUGGAGGGGUUGUUGGGGAAGGGGGAGAGGACUAGGGAGGCAAUCGAGCGGGCGAAGAGCUAUUUUCUUGUCUUUGCUACGGUGAGCAGCUGCUUGACAUUCGCCGUAGGACCGAGAUUGAUCGAUUCCGAACACGCCCCUGAAGAGGAAGACGACGACAGGAAGGACCCUGAGGAUGAUGAUGAUGAAGAUGACUCUCCCAUUGGGCAAAAUACCCUCCAGGCUCAAGACCGUGAACGGAGUCACUCUCCCACCGAACGCUCUGGUCUCCUGCUCCCACCGCAAUCUCAAAAUCAUCAGUCCCGCCGCCCAUCGUCUACACCAAACUCCUUCUUCCCAUCUCUCAACCGCCCCUCCACACCAGAACCUGCAUCCGAACCCAUCUCAUCCGCCUCAGUCCGCCGCCCGUCCUUAAUCCCCAAACACCACUGGCUAACCCUCACGCCUCGUAUCCAAUGGUGGCUCCUCUUCCUCUGGGAUUUCAUCAACACGCCCCUCAUCGGCGCCCUACUCGGCGCAUUCAUCGGGCUCAUACCAUCUCUCCACCGCGCGUUCUUCGCAGACACGAAAGACGGAGGAAUUUUCACCGCGUGGUUGACUGCUAGUUUGAAAAGUAUUGGUGGGCUGUUUGUGCCGUUGCCGGUGGUUGUUGCUGGGGGGAGUUUGUAUGGGUGUUUGAUUGAGAUGGUGAGGGUGAGGAGGAUGAAGAAGGGAGGGGACGGUGCUGAAGAUAGAGAGGGAGAGGGAGAGAAUGGUGUGAGGGGAGGGGGAAGGAGAGAAGGACAGAGCACAGAGGUAUUAACUACGAUUUUUGUUCUGGUUGUGAGGUUUGUGCUGUGGCCGGUAGUGAGUAUUGCUACAAUUUACUGGAUGGCGAAGAAGUCGGAUUGGUUGGGAGAUGAUCCGAUGUUGUGGUUUGCGAUGAUGCUUAUGCCGACUGGGCCGCCUGCUAUGAAGUUGAUCACAAUGGUACAAGUCAGCUAUGCCAAUGAAGAAGAGGAACACAAAAUUGCGAAGUUGUUGACUAUAUCGUACGCUAUCUCGCCUAUCUUAGCGUUCACUGUCGUGGGCGCUUUCACAGCUAGUCGGGCUGCUAUGGAGAGUUAGUGUUAGUGAGGUGUUUUUGGGUUAGAGGGCGCGAGUAGGUGUAGAAGUAGAUGGCAGAGGUGGUUGGCUAGCUGACUGAGAGGUGAAAUACUUGAAUAGAAGUAGAAAAGAAGCAAGCUUUAGUAAAGAAAGAUCAGAAGUCCAUCCGAUUUCCUAGCAGUCCAGCUGCAAUCCUUAAACUCAGACUUUGCUAGAAAUUCAAUAGAAU